AUGCAUCUGUUCCUGCCAUUACAGCAAUCUUUAGUGAAGACUUUAAUCCUGCUCCUUCUUUUCCGUAAAUGCAGAGGAACUAACUGGCAAUCUAUAUCUGGAGGAGUGAUUAAAGUACCAGAUUGUGGUAGCAUUGACACAUCUGGUACCAGCAGUGAAGCAGCAUUUUUUAGUGGAGCUGGAACUCGGUCAAUUCAGACAAGAAGCCUAGAUCUAACAUUUGCUCGGACUUUGUCAUUUCGGUUUCGACUUGGCGGUGGAGGUGGUUGUGAACAAGCAGACGCUGGUGAAGAUGUAGUUGUUGAAUACCAAGUUCAAGGCUCAUCUACAUACAGUCAAUUCUAUACUUUGAAAAAUGGUGGUUCAAAGACUAUAACGGUUGGUCUUCCUGUAGAUGCUCAGGGGGGAGGCACUGUGCUUCGUUGGAGGCAACUAACACAUAGUGGCUCAUCUUAUGAUGAAUGGGCUUUAGAUCACAUUUCAAUCACUAGCACUUUAUAUGAUCGACGUCCGCAUGAAUUUGAUUUUCAACUAAACAUGGGAUGUGGAGUGCCAUACACACAUACAAGUACAGAUUAUGACGCUUACUUUGAGUACUCCACUGAUUAUGGUGCAACAUGGAAGCUAACACAAGCCAGUUGUUCACCAUCUACCACUCAAUGCACUCAAAAUUUGUUGAAUAGCCAGUAUUAUUCUGGCUUGUUUACCAAAUGGAGACGAAUCAGUCUACUUCUACCUGGUGAUUCAACCUCCAAGCACACAAUGUUUAGAAUGAGACAGCCUUCAUCUACAGGAACGAUAGGAUGGGCUGUUGAUGACAUUUACAUAGGUGCCCAGUGUCCUGCAUUUUGUUCUGGUCAUGGUCGAUGCAGCAGGUCUAAUGGUCAAUAUCAGGGAGUCGUGUGUGGUGGGAACAGUGAUGGUCAACCAUGUGCUCCAUCAUACACAGUUGGUACCAAGACAUACACUGGAUGUAUACGAGAUGGCAGAAAUGACAACGAACUGUGGUGUUCUACAACUUCUGACUAUGACAAGGACAAAAAGUGGGGAUUUUGUAUUUGUGGUGUUUGUCAGUGUGAUGUUGGCUACAAUGGUAAAUUCUGCCAGACUGUAACAGCCUCAUUACCUCAAUUUUUUCGAGAAGAUUUUGAGGAUGAUUUGAUUAGCAGCAAAUGGCCUUGGGUAGCUGGAGGCACUAUUGGAAAUGGAUGUGGCACCAUUCUGUCGGGCAAGGCUAUGCUUUUCAACGUUGGACGACAACGGUUACUACAGACGGUUGACUUGAAUCUCACUAUAGCAGUAUCUUUAGAGUUUACUAUUCAAGUGGGUUCAUCUUAUUCUGCCUGCCCACGACCAACCGACACUACAGAGAACAUUUUUCUGCAAUAUUCCACUAAUGGUGGAGUGCACUGGACACUGUUGCAGACUAUAUUCUAUAGCAGCGGCACCACUCCAUCAACCAAAACUGUAAUAUUUCCCAAUGCAGCCAAGAGUUCUUCUACUCGUAUCCGUUGGUACCAGCCCAAAGCCAGCGGUUCUAAUCGUGAUGUGUGGGCAAUUGAUGAAGUUUACAUUGACUUCCUUCGAUCAGACUUACCAAUCAUUGAUUCAUUUGACUCAACAGAUAAUACUACAUGGAAGGGACAUCCAGGCUCAAAAAUGGAAAAGUACUGCUCAUCUUCGUCAAAUGUUCUUCAUUUUUCAUACUCUUAUGCUGCCAAGCAACGCUAUGCCAACACUGUCAGUUUUUCUAAUUCUCGGGCACCCUACAUGUAUGUUCGAUUUGACAUCGUUGUGGACUGCGGUCAAAAAGCUUUUCCUUCAUCAUCUGCAUAUGUUACUCUUCAAUACUCGACUAACGCUGGUACAAAUUGGAAUCUUUUGGACAAAGGUUGUAGUCCAAGUACAACCAAUUGUGGAGUUUAUAGGCGCCAAUCUGUCUAUCGGUCUGGCUUAUAUGCUACAUGGCAGACUGUGGUUAUUCUCUUUAACGACACUGCAUUGGGGACGUUACCGGAAUCUUACGUUCAGCUGAGGUGGCUGGCUGCCUCUUCUAGUAAGAUUGAUAACACUAAUCCGUCAUAUGAGUACAGUAGUAAUGGGCUACUGAAACAGGCACAUAUUAUGAUUGGGCUAUCGACAAUGUCUACAUUGGUGAAGGAUGUCCUCAUCUUUGUGCUGGUCAUGGAGUAUGCACUUCAGUUGGAACUUGUUCUUGUGAUAACGGCUACAGUGGUGCUGAUUGCUCAACUUACAAGGGAACAAGACCAACGGAAAUCAAAGUCAGAACAAUUUGAUAAGUCAACAUUGACGUUGUCUGCAGUUGGUGGGAGUCUUGGCACUGAUUGUGGACAGUUGUCUGCAAGUACAGCAAUGACAUUCAACAUGCGGGGUGAACGACAAUUGGUUACCGUCGAUAUGGAUUCAAGAACUGUUCGACUUGUACAAUUUAUUUAUGACACUUCAUCUACUUCUAGCUCAUCAAAAUGUGCAUCUCUUACCUCUAAUGCUUAUGUUCCUGUAGUUGACUAUUCCACCAAUGGAGGUUUGUCGUGGAAAACGAUCAAACUGUUGAAACAAUAUUAUACAUACAGAACACCAACUCUUAUUACUAUCACAGUACCGGAUGCGGCCAGAACGGCAGCAACACGUUUUCGUUGGUGGCAAUAUGGUUUUAUAAAUUCUAACGGGCAAGCAGCGUGGGCUAUAGACGAUCUUUACAUUGGCAACACGAGAACAGGCAAUGGAACGUACUUCUACGAGACGUUUGGCCCAUUACAAGAAAGCAACUGGUUGUUCUAUCCGAAUGGUCAAGUGAGCAGUAAUGCUUGCGGUGGCACGAGUUCGAUGUUGUAUUUUGACGGCACAGGCAGCAACCAACGUCACGCAACCACCAAGCCUUUUGCAGUCAUUCUUGAACCGCUAGUGCAAAUCGAUGAGAAGUUUGAAACGUCUGUACCACAAGGGUGGACUGCAACUGGUGUCAUCGUCUCGACUCAAUGCGGUGUGCUCGAUAGUGGAUCUGCGCUAGUGUUUAACGCUGCCGGCGCAAGACAACUAGUUACUGCAAACGUUGAUACAAUUAUAGCCACUGAGCUGCGUUUUUACCUUCUGAUUGGGGGCAAUUCUCAGUUAUCUCGUUACUGCGACAAUGCAGAUGACACGAGUGAAAACGUCCAGCUAUCUUACUCAAUAGACUCUGGUAGCACGUGGGUGUCGUGGAAAAGCUACACAUAUAAUCUAUACAGGUCUCCUCAACAAGUGACAGAAAAGCUACCUAGCGCUGCUCAAACAAAGGCCACUCGCUUUCGCUGGAUGCAAACGAACAAUGAUGGGCAGGGCACAGACGUGUGGAGCAUUGAUUCUGUCACUAUUAUUCAAGACGUCACUUCUGUUGGUUACAUAGCGCAGUUUGACUUAAACAUUGGUUGCGGCAGGUACACAUCAUCUAACAGUGGAAGCGUAUCGUUUGACUUUAUGACUACAGACGGUACCGUCAACUCUUUUAGUAACGUACAGCAAGAAUGUGUGCCUAAUGGCUGUAAAAACAACGCUUUUCAGCAAUCAUCGUCCUACUAUUCCAACAGCGGAUGGAACCGCAUUACAGUACCUUUGUCUGGAAAUGCGGUAGGCAACUUUGUACAGUUUCGUUGGGCUCAAGCUUCUGGAUCUGCAGUACCGUGGGCAAUAGAUAACAUUUAUAUUGGCUAUGACUGCCCGUCGUUUUGCUCCGGUCACGGACGCUGUAUGCAUGGAUCAUGCGUGUGCGACAGUGACUAUACAGGUAAUUACUGCGACACACCACGAACUCAGCGACUAAAGGAAUUAAGAGAUGACUUUUCUAACGGCAGUGUAGAUGUUAGCAAGUGGAUAACACAUCAGGGAGUGAGUGGAACACAACCAGUCCGGUGCGGUCCUGUCUCUGGACCGACCGCUUUGCUCUUUGCCAAUCCGGGACCGCGGCAAAUUAUUUCCAUUGAUCUCGACACGACAACAGCGCAGUAUUUACAAUUCAGGAUCCGCAUCGGGACGUAUUCGUCUACCUCCACCUGUAAUCGAAUUGACAGAGUGGACGAAGGUGUGAUAGUUGAUCACUCCAACAAUGGAGGAACGACGUGGCAGCUGUUGAAGAAUUUACCUUACAACUACUACAGAAGCCCCGCGUUUGUCACAGUCGAGUUACCGACUGGCGCCAAGAGUCUGUCAACACAAUUUCGAUGGUGGCAGCCUCACAACGACGGUCUGAAUAGAGACGAGUGGGUGCUAGGAGAUGUCUUUAUCGGCGGAAAUACGACCAAUUUAGUUGUUCUAGAGGAGCAGUUUGAUCCAAUUGACGGUAGCAAUUGGUUGUUCUAUCCCAACAGUAAUGUGAAAGGAUUUUGUAAAGACAGAGCGGGAAAUUAUACAACGACUGGCAAUGCUAUUGUUUUCUCAGGUUCUACUGGAGAUCGGUUUAUUACAACACGUGACUUACAGCUUGUGUCUGAUUCCUAUGUCAUCUUUGACUUGAAUGUCGGAUGCGGCAAUAGUUAUGUCAGUAGUUCUUACAACGUGCUGCUGCAGUAUUCACUCAAUCGAGGCGCCUCAUGGUCUCUUCUUGAAACAAAGUGCGUUCUUGGAUCGAGCUGUAGUGCUGGAUAUCGAACUGGCACAACGUUUGCAGCCGGAGAAUUUGGUGAUUGGAGACGGGUCAUUGUCUACUUGCCGUCUGCAGCCAUAACUAGCAAGACGAGAUUUCGUUGGUCUCAAUCUUCUUACUCGACUGCAUUUAGUUGGGCUAUCGACAACGUGUACAUUGGCGCUAUCUGUUCUAAUCUGUGUAAUGGUCACGGACGAUGUGGUAGUGACUUGUUGUGUGUAUGUGACAAAGGUUAUGGCGGUGUCGACUGUCGACCUCUCGCUAAUUAUUUGCCUACGACAUUCAAAGAAACGUUUGAGAGUAGUGAUCUUCAGCAAAACUGGUUGAUGUACGUAGGUGGUGACGUCGGCAAGAAAUGCGGUGUAGUUGCUAGUGGCAAUUCGCUUUCAUUCUACAAGUUAGGAACACGUAUGGCUGUUACAAAAGAUAUCAACACAGCAGCUGCUAGGUUUUUAUAUUUCUCUAUUUUAGUGGGUGGAGGUUCUUGCUCUUACCCUACAUAUACGGGAGAAGGUAUUGUACUACAAUAUUCCACCAAUGGCGGCAUCAAUUGGACCAAUGCUUUGACCGUUCAGUAUUAUCAGUAUCGAUCUCCAUCAGAAGUAACGUACGUUCUUCCCAAUGACGCUAAGAAAGCAGCGACUCGAUUCCGAUGGUGGCAAGCCAGUAGUUCUGGUAACAAUUAUGACAUCUGGUCUAUUGAUGAGAUAUAUAUCGGUGCAAAUGAGCCCUAUGCCACAAGAUUGUAUGAAAACUUUGUGCCAGACAUUCAUUCAGGUCUAUGGACUACGUAUCCCAAUGGUCGUUCGGGCCCUUACUGUCAGCAAUCGGACGUGUUUGUGUUUGACACAUUACUUGGUUAUCAAGGACUUAGGAUUCUCAAGACUCAACCACUCAAUCUCGUAUCUUCUUCAUCCACCAAUAGUUUUAUUCAGUUCUGGUUGAAUGUUGGUUGUGGAGUAAAUCAAGGGAGUACGAGUGUAUACGAUGUUCAACUAAAGUAUUCAGUAGGUGGUAGCUCAUUUCAAUACGUGCGGACUGCUUGUUUGUAUGGAAGUUGUAGGAAUCAGUAUCAACGUUCUUCUUCCUUUGACUGGUCAUUGUUCACAACUUGGCGACGUGUCACAAUUCCUCUUCCUUUGGCAGCUUUGACUGCUUACACAGUUUUUGCAUGGAGCCAACGGUCGUUCACAUCAACGUCGUCGUGGGCUAUCGAUGGUGUGUAUGUCGGUGACGAAUGCCCUAACAUGUGUUCAGGACACGGCAACUGUACCUCCUCAGGAGUGUGUAGCUGUGAUGCCGGUUACGCCGGUCCAAGUUGCGUGUCUGCAGGUUCUCUCCCAACUCGACUGACUGAUGAUUUUGAUAGCGGCAGUCUUUCUUCUUCUGUUUGGUUGCGGGUGACUGGCGGUAGUCUUGGCACGUUAUGUAAUACAGUCAGCUCUGGAAAAUCGCUGUACUUCAGCGGUACCCGCACAAGAUUGGCAGAGACAGUUGACAUGGACGUCACUCAGAAAGCGUUUAUGCAGUUUUCUGUUGUCAUUGGCAGAGGGGGAAGCUGUUCUCCUCCUUCAACGAGUGAAGAUAUAUUGGUGCAGUACUCCACCAAUGGUGGCAUCACAUGGCAGCUUCUUAAAGUGUUGCCCUACUAUUCUUAUCGAACGCCACAGACUAUACUCAUCAAUCUUCCCGACGCCAGCAAAGCCAGUCCCACCCGGUUUCGCUGGUGGCAAACUCGUCACACGACAGCAGCUAGUGCAGACAACUGGGCUAUCGAUGAUGUUCUUAUUUCAGUUUUGCAGACGAAUAUUACGGAAAUCAUUGAAAAUUUUUCUCCUAUUCAUACCAACUAUUGGUCAUAUUAUCGAGGAUCGUCUGUUGGUAGUUCAAAGUGUUCCGGUUCUAUUACUCCAUCACUUCAAUUCUCUGGGACGAGUACGUCUCGUCAGCUGAGUACUGGUGAUCUUGUCUUGUCUCGUGGUGCUGUCGUGCAAUUUUAUUUAGUAAUCGGAUGCAACUCAUCUUUUGCAUACAACAAGCGCAUUCAAUUGCAGUAUUCUACGAACAGCGGCACAUCUUGGCUGCCGGUCGUGAGUCGAUGUUUGAUUGGUUCUAGUUGUUCUCCGCCUACUUUUUCUAGUGAUUUCUACGUUGAUGGAUUUAACACGUGGAGACGUGUGACGAUAGUGCUUUCGAGCUCUAUUACCAACUCUAAAUUACUACGCAUUCAAUGGAGCCAAUCAUCUCCAAUCUAUGCAAACGAAUAUUGGGCUAUUGAUGACAUUUACAUCGGUUCUAACUGUCCUUCCAACUGCAAUGGACACGGAAAGUGUGCUGGGAAAGGGAAAUGCACGUGCGAUGUUGGAUACAGCGGUUCUAGCUGUUCUAGCGCACCUACCAGUCUUCGUACUUUUUUCAAGGAAUCGUUUGAUGUAGCAGUUUCAUCUAAAGAUUGGCUUCUAAUUGAAGGCGGCAAGGUGGGAAAGGAUUGUGGUGUAUUAGGAACCGGAAACAGUUUGGUGUUCAAAAGUACAAUACAACGUCAAGCUAUAACAGUUGACAUCGAUACCAGACUUGCAACUUUCUAUCGAUAUCUUUUCUUAACUGGAGGCGGUUCGUGCAGCUACCCUACCACGUCCAGUGAAGGCAUCUCGUUUCAGUACUCGACCGACGCCGGUAUUUCAUGGACUGUACUGGCGACACAACAAUAUUACACUGCCAGAAGGCAGACCAUGUCAGUCCGCGGCCAAUUACCAUCUGCUGCUCGAAGCAAAUCGACAAGAUUUCGAUGGCUGCAGACGACAAACAGUGGCAUUAACGCUGACGUUUGGUCUAUCGACGAUGUAUACAUCGGUGGUGGUACUGGCAAUAACUAUUUACUUGAAAUGUUUGAAAAAACGACACAAGCACUGCAUGCUUCAGCUCAGUGGGUUUCUAUCGGUGCUGCCAUCACGGCGAGCAAUAUAUGCUCUCAUUUGAGUCGAGUGUUGCUGGAGAACAGCACAAGUGUAACUCCUGUGCAAGCUGGAACAGUCGCUAUCGGUGCUACCGGAAGUUACGUGUUACAGUUUGAUAUGGUAAUGAAAUGUGGACAGACUUAUAGCAAUCUCAAUCCGGUUAAGGUCGAGUACAACAAGGUUGCGGGUGGAAGUUCUAGUUGGACAAGUGUUCGUAGCAUGUGUUAUCCUGGUUCGAGCACAUGCGACAAUAACAAAGAUCUGUAUGCUCGUUCAAGUAGCUUUUACUCGUCAGAAUUUAAGAAGUGGAGAAGAGUAGUUCUACCUCUACCGUCACAACUUCUUGGAAAUAUAAUUACUAUUCGUUGGAAGCAAGACAUCGCAUAUGGUGUGACACCGUUUGCUAUCGAUAAUGUGUACAUUGGAGCUGCUUGUACUGAGCACUGUUCCGGUCAUGGUGUGUGCCAACCUGAUGGAAGUUGCUCAUGCGAUGUGGGCUAUAGUGGAUUGUCUUGUCAUCCACAAAUGUUAGCUACAGAACUGAAAGAAGACUUUGAAGAUGAUCUGUCGAGUAGGAAGUGGUUCAGCAUGAGUGGCGGUUCAUUGUCUAAAGCAUGUGGUUACCUUGCUACUGGGUUGGGACUCUACUUUUCUAAGGCCGGUCUCCGUGAAGUUGUAACGGCUGAUAUCAACACUCGAGACGCCUAUUUCAUGCGGUUUUACAUUCGUGUCGGUAGCUCUUCUUCUUCUGGAACGUGCAACAGGGCGGACACGUCAUCGGAAGGCGUUCUUCUUCAAUUCUCAUCGAACGGCGGUAUCAAGUGGAGCUACCUGAGUUUGUACAACUACUACAGUUAUCGCACAAAAAGGCGUGUUGCGCUUCUACUUCCAGUUGCUGCUCAGGGCGCUGCUGUUCGCUUUCGCUGGUGGCAGCCAAGCAACUCGGGGAACAAUGACGAUCAGUGGGCUAUUGAUAAUGUCUACAUUGGAGGCACUAAGACACCAGCACGAUACUUGAGUGAAAUGUUUGAUUCGAUUACAGACAGUCAAUGGUUGUUUACUCCAAGUGGAUCGUUAGGCAAAUAUUGCCAGUCACUCAGCAAUGUGUUGUUAUUCAAUACGGGCAAUGAUCAGGCACAACACGAUGCCAUUACACAGAAUUUGCGUUUAUCACAAGGCGACAUUAUUCAGUUUGAGGUCGUUGUAGGUUGUGGAUUGAGUUCGACAGCUAAUAGAUACUCUAAUGUUAUUCUUAAUUAUGGUAAGGGCGCCGGUAGUGCACUGUAUGUGCUAAAGUCUAGUUGUAGCAUUACUGGAAUUCAAAGUUCGGGUUCAACGUGUUCUCCGGACUUUGGCUCUUAUUACUAUGUUGAUUCAAAUGCUAACUGGGAAAGAGUGACAGUAGUCAUACCAAGCACUGCCAUAUCAAGUCAAACGAGAUUUGCUUGGCAAGAACGAUAUAGCGGACUGUCUUCAAACUGGGCAAUCGACAAUGUUUACAUUGGACCUCCGUGUCCAUCUCUUUGUAAUGGUCAUGGCCGAUGCGUUCGGAACUCUACAAGCAGCUCUGCAAUGUGUUUGUGCGAUGUUGGGUAUUCGGGUACUGCCUGUGGUGUCUUGACGACGUCUCUUCCAACAGAACUGAAGGACAACUUUGAUAGCGGAAUGAACAAACAGUACUGGAUGAAGUGGGUUGGCGGCAGUCCUGACACUGGCUGUGGAAAUCUAGCUGCUGGUAAAUCGCUUUAUUUCAACAAGUAUGGGCGGAGGAUGGCAAUCACCGUCGACAUGGAUACAAGAAACACAAGAACUAUUGAGUUCAAAAUUCGUGUUGGCUCAUCAAGUUCGUCUACCACAUGUAAUAAUGCUGAUACGACAAAUGAGGGAGUCGUGCUCAUGUAUUCUAGCAACAGUGGAAUUUUGUGGACUCAGCUUGCCAUAUUCAGUUACUACUCGUACAGAAAUGUGUACUUGUAUCGAUCAGCGUUGCCGUCCGGUGCUCGUAGCAGCUCAACACGCUUUGCGUGGUGGCAGCCGUCUAACUCAGGAGACAAUCAAGACCAGUGGGCUAUUGACGAUGUCUUUAUAGGCGGUCAAGAUGUGAAUCCAACAUCGUUUCUUGAAACGUUUGAUCCCAUUCAGAACGACAACUGGAAUUUCUACAGCAGCGCAUCUGUUGUUGGAUAUUGCAAUUCCGAUGGUGAUGCUCUUGUUUUUAGCGGGUCCUCGUCUCGUUCUCUUACAACCAGAGAACUUCGUUUGAAACUUAGUGCGACAGUCGUGUUUACGUGGAAUGGCAACACUAUCAGUUCUUCGUUUGAGUCUGUCACAGGUGGCACUCUUGGACGACCAUGCACAACAUCCGGGCUGGCUAACGUGCUCUUUUUCAAUGGUGGGAACGGUCAGAGCACAACAAAACGACAAGCAAUUACUCGGGAUCUCAACACUACACUCGCCGAUUAUGUGGCAUUCUCUAUCAUAAUUGGUGGAUCGUCUGGUGGAUGUGAUUCUGUAGAGAAUUCUGAUGAAGGAGUGACACUAUCUUAUUCGACAGAUCAGGGCAGCAACUGGCUCUUGCUGCAAGAUCUGGCCUACGACAGCUACGGAUCGUAUCGAUCUGUUAAAGUGAAUUUGCCGGCAGUUGCAAAGACACAUUCGACUCGAUUCCGUUGGAUGCAACCUAAAUACAGUACCUCAGGAGCAGAUACGUGGGCACUAGGCAACAUUAAAAUUCAAAGUUUUGAUCCUCAGAAUCAAUUUGAAAUUCAGUUUGACUUGGUCUUCAGUUGUGUCGGUAGUGAUGUGACCCUCAAUUCUUACGUAUCUUUGGAAAUGGUUACGGGAACUAGUACGGCAUGGAAUCUAGUGCACAAAGCCUGUCCUCCUCCGGGAGGCUCGGGCUCUGGAACGGUUUGUUCGUCAGCGACAAACUAUGCGGGAGAGAGUAGAUGGUACUGGCACGGUAAAGACGAAUGGAAACAUGUAACAGUGUCACUCUAUAAUCCAUCGGUAUCACUCUCUCAAUAUACUAGAUUUAGAUUUACUCAGGGCGGCAGUGGUUUUGUUACCACUCAGUCAUUUGCUAUCGAUAACGUGUAUAUCGGUUUAGCUUGCCCCAACUUUUGCUCAGGCCGUGGUCAAUGCAGAAAUGGUCAAUGUAUUUGCGAUGGCGGCCACUCAGGAUCAGAUUGCAGUGACGCCGUUGGUCGCUUUCGGCAAGGUCUUCAAGAUACGUUUAACACACCUUGGCAAGACGAUAAGAAAGCACAAUGGGCAGAAGUGAUCGGAGGCAACGUGGCGACUGCUUGCACAAACGACGGCGGCACCGUUAUGUUAAUGAACCGUGCAUAUUCGUUGCGUCUCAUAACAACGAUUGACAUGGACGCUCGCUUUCUCACUACGUUCUCAUUCACAUUUAUCUUGGGCGGCUCGGGCUGCGAGACGGCUGAAAGUGGCGAGGAUGUUUAUCUCAGCUAUUCAAUCAAUGGGGGAGUCACGUGGAAUUUACUGAUGGUUUUGGGUUAUUACAGUUACAGAGCGCCAAAGCGUGUGGAUGUUUCUUUGCCAUCGGGAGCAAAGACGAAGCUGGUGCGGUUCCGGUGGAUUCAGUAUCGAAAUAGUGGAUACAAGAAUGAUGAGUGGUACAUUGACAAUGUUAUCAUUGGUGGCAGCUGUGUGAAUAAUCCUUGUCAGAACGGUGGGACGUGCUUAGAAGUAGCCGUCGGAUCACACGUGUGUACUUGUCCUCCGGGAUUUUCGGGAGCACAGUGUGAGACCAGUAUCAACCCUUGCGACAAAUCACCUUGCAAGAAUAACGCCACAUGCAUCUCUAACGGUGUCGGAGCCAACGGUUAUUCUUGCGCAUGCACUGUGGGAUUUACUGGUGCUACUUGCGAUGUAUCCAUUAGUGUAUGUGACUCAUCACCAUGUCAGAACGGUGGUACCUGUCGUGAUAUCUUUGACUAUUCGUCAAGUAUGUAUGUGACGACAUCGUGCGCUGGCAGAUGUGGAAAGUUUGUUCGAGGACUGCAAUGCCAGUGUGAUGACGGUUGUGCUUCAUAUGCUGGUAGCAAUGGAUGCUGUGCCGAUAUGCUGACGUUUUGUGGGUCGAAUGCUACAACGUAUGCUUGUGCUUGUUUGGUUGGAUUUGAGGGUGUGAACUGUGAGAGGAGGAUCAACUACUGUGCCACUGCUCCAUGUCAAAACGGUGGUACUUGCACAUCAGCUCUUACGGGUGCAACUUGUCAGUGUCCAGACGGAUUUACUGGAUUGAGAUGUAAAGUAAAUGUCAAUGAGUGCGAUUCUAACCCAUGUCAAAAUGGAGGAACAUGUACAGAUGGAAGGAAUAGCUUCACUUGCUUGUGUGUUGGAGGAUACAAAGGAGACUUGUGUGAGACGAAGAUAGAUUUUUGUUUGACACAACCAUGUGGUUCUGGUUCCACAUGUUUGUCGUUAGUUAAUGGAUUUCAAUGUAUGUGUAGAAUCGGAUAUACAGGCCAGACGUGCUCUCAACUUAUAGACAAUUGCGCUGCUGCAGUUACUCCGUGUGCUAAUGGUGGUCUUUGUGUCAAUGCUGUCAAUUCAUACAGUUGCCAGUGUGGAGCUCGAUUCACUGGCAGUCGAUGUGAAACAGAGAUUCUUCCUUGUGUUAGUUCUCCUUGCAUCAAUAAUGGAACCUGCAUGAAUGGAAAGAAUGGCAAUUUCAGUUGUCACUGUGUGUCUGGAUUCACUGGUUCUCGAUGUGAAAUACCUCCGUCUGUUUGUCUAUCUAACCCAUGUACAAAUGGUGGAACAUGUGUAGCACUUCUUUCCAAAUUCUCUUGUUAUUGUUUGGAUGGCUGGACAGGAGAACGGUGUGAUGUAGAAGUGAACGAAUGUGAGUCUCAUCCAUGCCAACAUGGUGGCACUUGUGUUGAUCGAGUGGGAUAUUUUGAAUGUCGUUGUAUUCCCGGAUAUUCUGAUAUAUUGUGCAGUACUAAUGUAGAUGACUGCCGCAAUAAUCCUUGCUUGAACGGCGGAACAUGUAAGGAUGGCAUUGAUCAGUUUUCUUGUUCAUGUCCUAGUGGAUUUACGGGUAAGGUUUGCAAUGGCACUUUGGACAGCUGCUUAUCAAACCCUUGCAUUCAUGGUCAAUGUUUGUCUCGUGGAGCUUUGGGAUUUUAUUGCAAAUGCAACAAGGGAUAUUUGGGAGCUCAGUGUGGAACUGAAAUUGAUGAAUGUGUUCAGUCUAAGCUAGCUGGCAACACACCAUGUUACAAUGGCGGAACCUGCAUUGACAGAAUUGGAUUGUUUGACUGCUCUUGUCCAGCAGGACUUACUGGCUUACGUUGUGAAACCAAUGUAGACGAGUGUUUGUCAAAUCCAUGCAAGAACGGUGCCACUUGCAUUGAUAUGGUUAACAGCUACAGAUGCCUUUGCCCUCCUGGAAUAAUCGGACAACAAUGUCAAUCAGACAUAAAUGAAUGUUUAUCAAAUCCGUGUCGUCAUGGUGGAGUUUGCACAAACGCUUUGGCCAGUUAUACGUGUUCCUGUAAUUCUUCAUACACUGGAACUAACUGUGAAAUUCGACUAGCAUCUUGUCUAUCCAAUCCAUGCCAAAAUGGUGGCAACUGCUCAGAACUUGGUGGCAGAUACAAGUGUUUGUGCCCUGUAGGAUUCCAAGGUCUUCGUUGCGAAACUCGUAUCAACUACUGUGCCUCUGUUUCAUGUCAGAAUGAUGGCAAGUGUAUAAAUGAGGCUACAACAUACUAUUGUCAGUGUCGUGUAGGCUAUUCAGGAAAGAACUGUAGUGUGUACAAUGGUGCCUGUAACAGCUCUCCUUGUCAAAACCAAGGCACUUGCAAUGACUUGGCUGGUGGAAAAUUUCAUUGUCUGUGUUCAGACAAAUUUACGGGAACUGUAUGUCAAACACCUGUGCUUGUGAACCAUUGUACUACAAUUAUUUGUAGAAAUGGAGGAACAUGCCAGAACACACUCAAUGGCAAGUUUGUUUGUCUGUGUACGUCGCGUUACCUUGGAACACUGUGUGAGCAACUGAUCAGCCCCUGUGUCUACUACAAUGCGACCUGUAGUGGCAGAGGACAAUGUGUCUCCGACAACAGUACAUAUACCUACUCGUGUCAGUGUCAAAACAGCUUUACUGGAAGGGAUUGUGAGAGUCGAUAUGACUAUUGUCGUCUACAGCAGCCUUGCAAAAAUGGAGCAACUUGCAUUAACCAUUUUGGAGGCUACAGCUGUACAUGUCCUCAAUACUUCACUGGUGCAACGUGUGAGACUGGUAUUGACCCAUGCAGUAGUCGUCAGGGUUACUGUCACAAUGGAGGAGUUUGUUUGGGUAGAGCCGGGACGUCCUACUUUGAUUGUCAGUGCCCGAGUGGUUUAUAUGGAGAUCGAUGUGAUAAUGACUACAACGAGUGUAAGAUAAUUGAUGGCCUGUGUGAGAACGGAGGCGUAUGCAUUAACUCGUUUGGUGGAUAUCAUUGUGUAUGCCCUGAACAAACAACAGGUCGCAAUUGUGAGAUGAAGACUUCUGCUGGAUGUUCUACCAAACCGUGUCAAAAUGGAGGGAGAUGCAUUGCACAGUCAGAUGGCACGUUUGUGUGUGUCUGUGCUGGUGGAUAUACGGGAAUACUUUGCAGCGUUAGGGUUGAUAACUGCAGUCCAGCAAUGUGUCGAAACGGUGGCACAUGUCAGGCUGGAAAAUGUGUCUGUUUACCGUUGUUUACUGGAGUAAACUGUGAAGUUGCUAUUAAUGAUCUUUGUGGUAGACAGUGCGGUGAAAAUGCUGUAUGCAAAUUGGUGUCGUCCAAUGGCAACUACUCUUGCACUUGUCGUCCAGGAUUUGCUGGAUCUCCUUGUGUUCGUGUCAGUCCAUGUGAAUCUAGUCCUUGUCACAGUGGUGGAGAGUGUGUAAUCGAUGAUGCAACUAAUGGUUACCUAUGUCGAUGUGUUGAGGGUUACAGAGGGGAUGUCUGUCAAAUAGAACCGACAAGAAAGCCUGGAAAUCAAGAUAAUGUUUCUGGCAAUAAAGACAGCAGCAGUGACGGCAUACCGAGCUACAUAUGGAUUGUUGUCGGCAUUGGAAUUGCUCUAAUUGUUGUCAUUCUGUUGGCUGUGUUUGUCUUUCUUGUUAAACGGCGUGGUCAUUAUGAGUUGGAAACUGGCGCCACUUCAGUUAGUCAAGUGAACAAUCCGCUGUAUGGUCACCUUAAUAAAGAUGGAAAAAGUGACAAUUUAUUGGGACAACCUGACACUGCUACAGUUCAGGCAGAUUUAGUUAGUUCUGAUAAGCACUCUGCCUUACUGUUGGAUGGAGAAUCUGCGUCAACUGAGACGGCUUGAUGAAGUAUGUAUGAAGAGACAGAUUGGAACUCACAGUUGUUUGAAAUGCUUGCUACACGCACGUGACUCAAUUUUAUGUUUGCUAUUAGAUGUUUUGGCUACGGAAGUGCGCUGAGCAUGUUGCUGUCACUUCCAUUGGUGCAGACUGCUGUCAAGAAUUUUUAUUAGUUGAAUAGCAAUUUUAAUUUCUCUUAUUGCUGUGAGUGAAUUGUACAGCUAUAGUUCUCAGCCUAUAGCUAGUUUUGCGUUAGACUGCUUUUAGCCGUCACACACGUGUCCAGCGGUACAUGUAUUUCGCUGCUUAUUAAUAUUUAUAAUUAGUACCUAAAUUAAAAUUAAAAUGUGCAAAAUAA